AUGCAAGACAUUCAACAAGAAGUUGUGUCACUUCCUCGAUCUUAUCAAACUGAAUUAAUGGAACAAGCUAAAUUAGAAAAUUUGGUUAUAUGUUUGCCUACUGGUAGUGGAAAAACUUAUAUUGCUGUAAUGCUUAUCAAAGAAAUGGCACAUGAGACUCGUAGAAGUAUUGACGAUGGUGGAAAACGAACAAUAUUUCUUGUUAAAACAGUUGCACUUGUUCAACAACAAAGUGAAUAUAUUCGUAUUCAUACAGAUUUAAAGGUUGGUAAAUAUUAUGGCGAAUUAAAAGUCGAUCUAUGGGAUAAGGAACGUUGGAUCAAUGAAUUCGAGCAACAUCAAGUACUAGUUUUUACAGCUAAAGUCUUCCUCGAUCUGGUCGAUCAUAAUUAUUUCCCAUUGUAUAAAGUCAAUUUGUUAAUUUUCGAUGAAUGUCAUCACUCAACAGGUGAGAAUUGUUAUGCAUCAUUGAUGAGAAGACAUUACGAUACAUGUCAUGAUCAACCACGUAUACUUGGUCUUACAGCAUCAAUUAGCGCUAAAAAACUUAAACUUUCGCAAUUGGAGACAACUGCAAAACAAAUUGAAGAAACUUAUAGAGCUCGUCUUGCGAGUGGUUCAGAUCGAGAAGAAAGUGCUCGAUGUGGUACAUCGGCUUGUGUCGAACACAUACGUUGUUUCAGUUACAAGGAAUAUAUCAAGACAUCUUAUGAGAGUAUUACAAUUGCUUUUGAUACAAUUCAAUCGAUUUUGCUGGAUCUAGAGCCUUAUGUGAAAGCUAAAAAAGCAGAGCGUGAACGAAUUGCACAUGAUCUGAGUGAAGUAAUGCUCACUGAAGAUUAUCUUGGCGAGAAUGUCACUCAAUACAAUAAUCUUUCAGUAGAUUAUACAAUUUUUCUUCAAUCAGAAUAUGUGAAUAUACCUCGACUUAAACGUUACCUUGAACAAUUAAUUCAUGUUGGAUAUGAACUUGGUCUCUACGGACUUUUUUUAGCAACUAAAAGCCUUCAGAAAGCUUUGAAAUCAUCCCAAGCACUCGAUCUAAUUUCAGAUGCACAAGGAAAACAACUGUUCGAUGAUUCUCUACAACGCAUUGAUUGUCUAGUUGAUGAUAUUCUUCAAGGUUUGAUCGAUAUCAAUCAAGGCAAUGAUGGUGUAUUAUUUAGUUCUAAAGUACUCAACUUAUUUCAGCGUAUUAAUACUGAUGUGGAUAAAAAUAGUCUUGUUCGAUGUAUUGUAUUUGUUGAACGUAUCUACACAGCAACGGUAUUAACACAAAUUUUGAUCGGUCUCAUGAAUAAAAUGUUACCACUGAAUAAUAAUCAUUUCAAAAUAAAAUAUCUUACUGGGCCUAGAGCAAACAUAGGUGAUGCAAAGAUGACAGCAAAAUAUUUGCAACAAGUGAUCAAAGAAUUUCGUACUGGUCAAGUAAAUGUCUUAGUAGCUACAGCUGUAGUUGAAGAAGGUUUGGAUAUUCCAAAAUGUAAUCUUGUAUUUCGCUUCAAUAAACCACCGAAUUUUUCUUCAUACAUGCAAUCGAAAGGUCGUGCUCGUGCUAAACAAAAUGCAUCGUAUGUACUUCUUAUCGAUGAAUCAGAUGAACAAAAAGAUAUAACAGAUUAUGGAACUUAUGAAGAUAUUGAAAAGAAGAUUCGAGACGGAUUUUCCAUUGAUAAUGAUGAUGAUUUUAAUACAGAUGAUUCAAAUCAAUUAGAGCCAUAUCGAACAGAAAAUGGUGCUGUUAUCAGUGCAGUACGUGCCGCACAGAUUAUCUUCGAAUAUUGUGCAGUUCUUGGCAAUGGUCGAAUAUGUCCACCUCGAAUACUCUUUUCUAAAACUGCUCGUGAUACAUUUACGAGCAUUCUUUCAAUGCCAGCAAAUUGUCCAGUACUGGCUGAUAUUAUCUGUGAAAAUAGGAAGAAAAAGUUGGCUAAAUUUCAGUGUUGCUUAAAGAUGGUUGAAUUACUUCAUCAACAAGGAGAACUGAAUGAUCAUUGUUUACCACAUCAUAGACGAUUGUUGGUAAUAAAUGAUAUUCCAAUCAAAAAUCGUCUAUUCAAAUUAUGUGAUGAAUUAUUUGAAAAGAAAAAUGAUAGUACAAUGGAAAAAUUUCCGAAACAAAUCGCUUCGUUUCCACCUUCGACUACUGAUUCAUCAAAUAUUUGGUAUCUCUAUCGAAUCAGUAUACGGUCAGAAAAAGAUAAAUUUGGUUUUAUUGUACCAACUAAAUUAAUCGAAUUGGCAAAUUUUAAUCUAUAUGCUGCUUCAAAUGAAAUACUCACCGUUGAUGUUGCCUAUGUUAAAACCAUUGAUUACGCUAAACACCGACAUGAACUUGAACGUUUCUGUCGUUUCCUAUUUGAGAAUGUUUUGGACGAAAUAACACAUAGUUCAGAUUCCAUUCUCAAGUUUGAUAUUGAACAUUCAUCAUUUAAAUGCCUUCCAUGUUUACUUAAAGAUACUGAUGAAAUUGAUGACGAACGAAUGCUAUCAAUCUGUAAUCGAUUGAAUAAACCAGUCGAAGAUUAUUCUCAGUUGUCUGACGAUGAACUUUAUACUGCUCAGCAUUUAUCUCAAAAAUUAUUCUACAUGAAGAUGCCUAAUGGUUGUUCAUCGAAACGAACUUCUGAUCCAUGGGAACACAAGAAAAAAAUCGAAACGAUCAAGACCUAUGCCGAUUAUUUUCAAGAGAAAGUGCCUGAUGUGAAUAUUCAUCGAGAUGCGUUAAUGGUAGAAGUGAAAGGUAUAAGUAAACCACGAAUCAAUUAUCUCUAUUCAUCACCAUCGGACAAAAAAAACGAUUCAACUUCAACAUCAUCUAAUCAACCAUCUGUUUACUAUCCGAUUGAACUUCUUCAUUAUGCUCCAUUUAAUAUAGCUGAUAUGCAAUUCUUUCAUAAGUUACCUAGCAUACUUGUGCGUAUUACUCAAUUGUAUUAUAUCGAACAAUUGCGAACAUUAUUUGCUACUCAUGUGAAGAACUAUUCAUUGAUGGAUGUGUCAUUAAUGCGAACAUCAGUCAGCUUUACCGAUUGUCUCAAAACCAUGAAUUCAACAUCAAUGGAGUGUCUUCCGAUACUUCCACAAACUAUACUUCCAUUGAUUCCACUUACUUAUGAUUCAUCGAUCGCCAUGAAUCAACCUAUGCCUGACAUUCUCUUUCAAGCAAUAGCACGACGUUCAUGUGGUGAACAAGUAGACCAUGAAAAUUUAGAAAUACUUGGUGAUUGCUUUUUGAAAUUAGCUGUUUCGAUGUCAUUAUACAUUAAGUAUCCAUCAGCUGGUGCUGGAGUAUUAACAAACAAAAAGAAAAUAGAAAUUUCAAACGAAAAUCUCUAUCGAUUAACUAUUCAAAACAAAUUGAAAGCAUAUUUGAAUGUUAAGAAAAUUGCCUUUCGAGGUACAGAAGCUAAUUGGUUACCGCCAGGAUAUACAGUCGAUAAGACGAAACCCGUAACUCAUGAACAGUAUACACAUCAGAAUGCAAAGCGAAAGGCUUUCAGUGACAUGAUCGAAGCAUUUAUCGGUACAUUUCUUAUCUCAAGUGAUUAUACAACAACGUUGAAGUUUAUGCAUUGGCUUGGACUAGAUGUUAUUCCAUUAGAUGGUCAAGGUAAUCUAAUAAAACUACCAUCAAUUUUUCGUGCAAGUACAGUGACUAUGACUAAUGAUCAAAUGGAUCGAAUUAUCAAUCAAUUUUUUACUGAUCGAGCAUUUGCUGAUAUUGAAACAAAAAUAAAUUAUACAUUUCAGAAUAAAGCUUAUCUUAUUGCAGCAUUUACUCAUCCAUCGAACUUUGCCAAUCGUGCAACCGAUUGUUAUGAACGACUAGAAUUUCUUGGCGAUGCAAUACUAGAUUUUUUGGUUACACGUCAUAUAUUUGUCAAUUACAGCCAGAAGAUCACACCUGGUCGAGUGACAGAUAUUCGACAAGAUCUAUCAAAUAAUGGCCGGCUUGCAUAUAUUCUGGUAGCCUGCGGUCUUCACACAAAGAUUCUUCAUAAUUCAACCACUUUGUUCGGUCAUAUUACAUCGUAUGCUGGUGAUGAAAAUCUCUUUCCAGAAAAUCAUUCAACUGUGCAAUAUUUGAGCAAAGAUCUUGAUCAAUGGGCUGAUACAACAGCUCCUAAAGCUCUAGCUGAUGUUUUCGAAGCACUUGUCGGUGCUGUCUUUCUCGACUCGGGUAAUUCUCUACAAACCGUUUGGAAUGUUUUCGAACCAUUACUUCGAAAUUAUAUUGAUCGAUCGAUUAUAUGUCCUAAUUUAAAUCCAGUUCGAUGGCUUUCAGAAAAUGGUGGCAAAGUGACAGAUGAAUUUCCUGAGAUCACUGAUGAUGGACCGAUGGCGGUGUGUGUUGUUCAAAUGUCCAAUGGCACAGACUUCGAAGGUCGCGGAACAAAUAAGAAUAAAGCAAAAUUCGACGCAUGUCGAAAAGCUAUGAAACAGAGUGUCGGUCAACAGACAUCAUAG